CCUCUCCCUCGGUAUUGACUACAGUAAGAAUGCGGCAACACAAAACGCCAUAGCCAAACCAUCACAGGCAACAAACCCUUGUUUCUUCCUCUUUCUUUCGCGUUUCCUAGGAGGACGGCGGCGGCGCGGCGAGCUCGGGGAGCUCGAGCAGGCAUCGAAUCGAUUGGCGCUCGUCGGCAGGAGCUCUCGCGGCAGCAACGGCGGCGCCGCCGCCUUAACGGCGCCGCUGCAUUCAUCGGCUCUCCAAUCCGGCCGGCGCUCCCGGCUCUGGAUCGCGGCAUUAGGUGCGGCGGCGCGGCGUCACAGAUGGUACGCUUGGAGCUAGGGUGAGAUUUCUCGCCGCUUUCGCCAUUGCUCGCGGCAGGACGGGGCAUGCGGUAGAGCGCGUCAUUGCACCGGCCGGUGCGGUGGGUUCUUUUCCAGAAGGUAUGUUUAAGAAUCAGCUCCAAGAGCUUGCUCAGAGGAGCUGCUUCAAUCUUCCUGCGUAUUCGUGUAUAAGAGAGGGCCCCGACCAUGCCCCUCGAUUUAAGGCCACUGUGAAUUUCAACGGGGAGGUUUUUGAGAGCCCAACAUACUUCAGCACACUGCGGCAUGCCGAGCAUGCUGCUGCUGAGGUUGCUCUCAAUACUCUAUCUCGGCGAGGGCCUCCACAAUCGUUGGCUGCGAGGAUUCUGGAUGAGACUGGAGUAUACAAGAAUCUCCUGCAAGAGACUGCCCAGAGGGCUGGUGUUCCAUUGCCUAUUUACACCACGGUGCGCUCGGGGCCCGGGCACUUGCCGGUUUUUACUUGCACAGUGGGGGUAGGGGGUAUGAUUUUUACUGGAGAAGCUGCGAAAACGAAAAAGCAAGCAGAGAAGAACGCGGCCAUGACCGCAUGGAGCUCUCUCAAACAAUACGCGAAGCAAGGUGGAACGUCAGCAACUUUAUUGGAGUCGGAAGUGACCGAAGAACAGGAGCAGAAUUUUGUAGCGCGUGCAUUAGCUAGAGCUCACGGCAAAGACGAGAGGAGCGUGCUGCUCGCCCAGCAGUCGACGCCAUCGAGGACGAGAUUGCUACCGGGAGGUGGUCACAGCGGGCAGUAUCAUCCCGGGAGUUGGCUCCUCGACGCCAACUCGGAGACGUCCCAGUCUCACAGGUUUAUGCACAGCUCUCAACACCACAGCAACGGCAUGGUUCUUGGGAAUGGUCACUCGUACCGCUCCAUACCGCGACGAAUGCCACCAGGGGCAGGGACUUCUCGUGACGUUCCUGGCAUCGUUCCCAGCCGGAGCAUGGCAGGAAACAUGCCAAGGGUGAUCCCAACGCAGCUGCGAAGCAUUCCUACGGUCAUUCGCAGGGACAGACAUGACAUAAGUGUGCCUCUGGAAGAGCACCAGAGGGACGAGGACGAAUGGCUUAGAGGCGGCAGCAGCGAAAGCAAACAGGAUGAUCGCAGGGAGCUUAGAGACUCGGAGGCGAGCAGCUCCAGCUUCAGCUCAAUGUGGUCGAAUCCAUCGUCGUCUCACUCUCGUUCGCCGUGGUGGGGGAUGUCUUCUCCGGCUUCUUCAGGAUUCGACGGCAUGCCGGGGCCGCCUUACCGUGCCGGCUAUGGAAUGGCUCAGCCUGUGAGGAUUCGCUCGGUGGUGGCUGUGAGUGCCGCGCCGCCUCCUCGGCGUCCCGAGCCGCGAGUCGAGAACGAGAGUGAUUCCAACGAUGGUGAAGCGGCUACUCGUCAAGUGCUGAGCCAGCUGAGUUUGUGAGAUGGACAAAGGCAACGAAGAUGGCGAUCGAUCGAUCAAUGCGACGAAGACGAAGGAGACCAAAGAAGCAGUGGAAGAGGAGGAAGAACAGAGGAACUCUGGGAUUGAGGAAGAGGAUCAAAGAGGCUGGAAGGACGAACGAAGCUAUAUCUUAAACGAGGACGACUUGGAUGGAGAAUGAGGUUGGUGUUUUUGUCUUCUUUUUUUCUCUUUUUUUUUUCCUUGAUUUGCAUUCAUUAUAUAAAUUAUGGGAAAAUUUUCAAA